AUGAACCCCGAAAAGGAACUCCUUCCCGCCACCAGCGCCGGCCCCGCGCCGGUGUCCCAAACGCCCGGUCCCGAUCCCGACAUCGAAGCCUCCCAUUCCGCUCUCGGUGCCAGCCCCGAUGAAUCCCACUACCGUGCCGGCAACGACGACGCCCUCGCCAUGGUCGGGAUACACAGCCAACCCUACGACCCCGCCGUCGCCGCCCGCGCUGUACGGAAGAUAGACUGGUUCCUCAUACCCGCCAUGAUUUUUGGAUACGGCCUAGUCUACUACGACAAAGCAAUCCUAGGCUCAGCAGUCCUCUUCGGCAUGACAACAGACCUCCACCUCUCCGUGCCCCUCCCCACCGGAACAGGCGUCGACACAUCCCGCCUCUCGUGGGCAACCUCCCUCUUCUACUUCGGCAUGCUAGCAGGCCUCUACCCAAUGACCUACGCCCUCCAACGCUACUCCCUAGGCCGCACCCUCGGCACAAUCGUAAUCCUCUGGUCCGGAAUCUGCAUGCUCACCGCCGCAGUAACCUCCUACACCGGCCUCUACGCCCAACGCUUCUUCCUAGGCUUCGUAGAAUCCGUCAUCCCCACGGGCUUCAUGUGCAUCGUCUCGGGGAACUACACCCAGGCAGAACAAUCACUCCGCCAGAGCUGGUGGUUCAGCGCCACGGGCCUCUUCACCAUCAUCGGCGGCGCCCUCAACUACGCCUUCGCCCAGGUCCGCGGAGGCGACCUGAAACCGUGGCAGUACAUCUACCUCCUCGCGGGAUGCCUCACGUUCCUCUUCGGCCUAGCCUGCUUCCUCCUCCCCGACUCCCCCGUCUCGGCAUGGUUCCUCACCCGCGAAGAGCGUUUCGCGGCCGUAGAACGCCUCCGCCACGGCCAAACCGGCGUCCGCUGCACGAAAUUCAAACCGCACCAACUCCGCGAAGCCCUCCUCGACGCCAAAACCUGGCUCGUGGCGCUGAUGAUGGCCUCCGCCUACACAAUGAACGGCGCCGUCUCCGGCUUCGGCCCGCUCAUCGUCUCAACCUUCGGCUACACCUCGCUGCAAUCGAUCCUCUUCCAGUUCCCCCUCGGCGGCCUCUGCUUCCUCGUCAUCCUCGCGACGGGGUACCUCGGCACGCGCUACACCAACGUCCGCAUCAUCAUGCUCGUGACGUGCUGUCUGCCCGUGAUAGCAGGCUGCGCGCUCAUCUGGCGCUCUGACUGGACGCACCACGCCGCCGCGCCGGUGGUGGGCUACUCCAUCACGGGCUUCUUCGGCGGGGUGGUUAGCCUCGUCAUCACGCUCGGCAUGUCCAACGUCGCGGGCCACACCAAGAAAAGCUUCAUGGCGGGGACUAUCUUCGCCGCCUAUUGCGUAGGCAACAUUGUCGGCCCGCAACUUGUCAAGUCGCAGAGUAAGGCUUCGCACUAUCCGGAGCUGUGGCUCGGGCUCAUCAUCUGCUAUGUGAUUUGCAUUCUGGCGUCCGGGGCGUUGUACUACGUGCUCUGGAAGGAAAACAAGCGACGCGAUGCGUUGCCUGUGGAUGAGGAGGAGCGAGCCAAGCUUGCUUUCCAGGAUUUGACGGACAGGGAGAAUCCCUAUUUCCGCUACGUGUAUUAG